AGACCCGCAAGCACUCGCACGGAGGUACACGCACACACCAACAAGCAGUACACUUCACGGUAAAAGGAAAAGAAGCGGAACUCUGCAGCUCCAAAUUGAGUCCUCUGCGAGUCCGUACGAGAAUAGUGCGAGCCUCACGCCAUCCACAAACCCAAAGGACGAACACAAACAUAUCUAAAUUGCUUUGACUAUUUGCUAUCGAUACCUACACACUUACUAUUUUACCAAUAUUGGCUGCUGGUUUAAUAUACAUAGAAUAAAUGGAUUCUCUGCAUUAUAAACUGUGGGAUCGGUGCACGGCUUUUGUGGCGCGCGUCUGUGCUGGCCGAGACGCCUCACACGGCCUCGCUCACAUGCGCAAGGUGACGGAACAGGCCGUGCUCCUCUACUUGAUGGACGCGCCCGCCAACGUCACCCAUGCAGAGCGGGCGGGUACGCUCUACCGUAUUAUCCUCGUGGGCAUGCUGCACGACGUGGCGGAUCACAAGUACGACUCGGACGGCACCUUGUUUCAGCAGGUGGAGGCGUUCGUGGAGGCGGAGGCGGCCACGCUGCUGGCGCUCGUGCGCGAAGACAAUUCGGCGGUGUUCUCCUCCCCUCUGCCGUGCAGCACUGCCGCAGCGGAUGACGUCGAUGCGGUGAAGCGCCUCCUCCUGACCGCGUUGGACGCCAUCUCCUACUCGAAGGAAAACAAGCGUGGGAUGCGCUGGUUUGUGCCGGCGCUGAGCUACGGCUCGGGGGAGGCGUCGCAGUUGUUCGCAAAGGAGAACGGGACCACCUCUUCUAACAGUUGGGUGUCUGUGCGAGACUACGUGAGCGACUCCGACAAGCUGGAGGCGAUUGGCGAGGAGGGUCUGCUCCGGUGCUACGAGUUCACGUGCGCGCGCUACCGUGCCGCUGCUGCGGUUGCUGGUAUAGGCAAGCCAGCGACCUCGCGGCCCUCCAGCGACGCGGCGGCUACGGCCCUCGUAGAGCGACACGUUGAAGGGAAACUGCUGAAGGACGUGGUGGAACACUUCCACGAGAAGCUGAAGCGGCUGCUGCCUGAGUUUAUGGUGACCAAAACAGGCAGAUACCUGGGAUCUCCGCGCGCUGCGGAGAUGGCGGCGUUGCUGGUGGAGUGGGAGGCGCAUGGGCCGCCACCGGUGACCGUUUACUGGCGAAACGCCGCUUCGGAGUACGUAAUGGAGGAGUGA